ACAGGACAGGACAGGACAGGACAGCCCAGCAAGACCAGCAAGCAGAAGGAGCACCCACCACCAUGCGCCACAAGAAGCGCAAGAAGCGCAAGUCACCCGACCCACAUGUGGUGGACCAGGAAGUGGCUGCUGAUGACGACACAUACAGGGUCGACCUUACCAUCACGGUGACCCAGGCACACAACCUCAAGAAGCUGCCGUCGCCGCUGUCGGCAGCAGCGGCUGCCAAGGGCUCGUCGGCCAAGGUCGGCUCGUUUGUCAAGUACACUCGGUUUCCGGGCUUACCCGAGGCCGGAACCGAGAUGGUCUCGCAGGCCGUGUACGAUGGCGUGUAUCACCUGACGACGACGUUCACACACGUGGCGGUCACCGAGGAGCUGCUCAACGCGCUUGUGGCCGAGCCGCUCGAGUUUGAGGUUGUCGAGACGCUCAAGAAGCACAAGUCGCCGGUCGGCGCCGCCCGCCUCGACCUCGAGCCGCUUCUCCGCGGCGAGACAAGCCUCGCGACAGUGCUGCCGCUGGCGCUGGCCUCGGCACCAUCCGGCGAUCUCACGCCACACAAGGGCUCGCGCGCCGCGCUCCUCGCCGACUCGCCGACCUUUACCAUCGGCGGGUACGAUGAUGAUGAGAACGCGUACGACGACGGCGGCUCACCCGGAAUGCGCGGCGGCGACGCCGACGAUCCCGAGGUCGACAACAUUCUUGGCGGCCGCCCAGGCCUCUCGGUCUCGGUCGCAGUCUCAGCGCCGCUCGUCGCGCCGGGCGAGUGGGAGGCCGCGCGCGUGGCCCAGGUCGCGGCUCCCGGCGUCUACGCCCUUCCGCCCGGCUGCAUGCUCCCUUCGCCGGACGUCUACCGCUACGCCCUGGCGGUGACGCUGCCGUCGGGAGAGCGCAUCCCGCAGCUCGUCAUGCUUCCCGACUGCGAGGUUGUGGUCCCCGCCAGCGACAACGGCUCAGUCGACGGCUCGGACGCGCCGUCGUUCGAGUCGCUCGACUCGACCGGGCGCGUCCUGUCCAAAGCCUCGCUCCCGGGCGUCCUGCUCCCAGAGGAGCAGGCGGCGGUCGAUGAGGCGGCACGCUACAAGCACGCCGAGCACGCCGAGCCGUACAUCGACUUUUCAGUCCUCUCGCAGCGGAUCUUCCUCGUUCCAGCCGCCGCCUCCAAGCUCCUCGCCCUCGCCAAGCACAACAUCCCACUCAAGCUCGAGCUCCGCCGGACGCUGGCGCCGGUCCACGCGUCGGCUGGCGUCGUCGACCCGAACGAGGCUCGCUACGCCGCCGAGGCCUUUCUCUCGCUCGCGCCUCUGCUCGAGCCUGGCACAACCCGGCUCCUCGCGCGGGUCCCGCUUGAGCGCCCGCAGGAGCCUUCUGAGGAGGAAGCCGCCACCGCCGCCGCCGCCGCUGCUGCCGAAGCCGCUCCGUCGUCCAAGUCGGCGCGCCACACCCGCGGUGAGCGCGGCUCGCGGGCCAAGGGCUCCAAGAAGCGCGAGCGCGAGGCCAAGAACGCGCUGGAGCUCGUGGCCGAAGACUCAACCGCACCGUGGCCGUGGACAGCAUCGGGUGGCUACGUCAAGAUAGAGCUCCAGCUCUCGGCGCCGCUCGUCCCACGCCCGCCGACGCCCAAACCGGUGUACUCGGUCCGCGACUUUGUGCCGGCACGGCCGGCGCCAGCGCUUCCGGCACGGCCGCUCCUCACCGCACCCGAGGAGUUCAAAGCCGAGAUUGAGGCCGCGACCGACGCACUCGUCGAGACCUAUCGAAAGCUCUACGGCGAGCAGCUGCUCAACGGCGAGUUCUCCAACGCACCCGAGGCCGUCGAGGAGCGCAAGGCGCGGUUCAUCUACGAGCUCAACUCGAACGGCGCAUACUUUGGGCUCAAGGAGCAGCUCAAGGCUCCAGUUGUUCGCAUCGUCCGCGAAAAGUUCCAGCGGACGUCGCCGUUUGCGUCCAAGGCUGAGACGCAGACCUUCCUCAACGAUCUGUACAUGUACCUCAUCGACCGCAUGCAUGAGGCGCUCAAUGGAGUCUUUUCGUCAGUCCACGAGAUCCCCAUCCCGACCACCGUCGAAGACACGUCUACACUCAAGCGCUACGCCGCCGAGGCCGAGAUCAACGGCGCAUACGAGCUCGCCGCCCGCCACUACCAGGAGCGCAUCGCGCGGGCCUCGCAGAACGUCGAGUUCUGGUACGACUACGGCGUCUUUUGCCUCCGGGUCAACGACACGUACAAGGCCGACGAGUGCUUCCGUGAAGCCAUCUCGCUCGACGACAAGCACAUCCCGUCACUUAAGGUCUACGGCAUGCUCUGCGCCACCCUUGACAAGUUUGCUGAAGCCCGGACCAUGGUCGAGGCCGCUGCCGCCGAAGCCGGCAACGACCCAGUCGUGCUCGGCAUGUUUGCUCUUGUCGUCGCCCUCGACGAUGGCGACAAGGGUGAGGAGAUGUGGGCUGCCGCCGAGGCCGCCUACACCGCCGCUGCCACCGCGCCCGAGCCCGCUGCCGCCGCCGCUGCCGCCACCGCCGACGACGAGUUUGACGAGCGGUCUGAGCCCGAGAGCGAGCUGGGCUCGGCCGGGUCGGCCAUCGACGAGACGCCGCAAUCCACGCUCGCCAUCACCAUUGCCCGCGAGCUGCUUGGCGUCCAUUUGCCAGCGAUGGCCGAGCGUGCCAUUGCCCGCGAGGUGCUCGAUGCCGGCAUGCGGGCGGCAUCGCCCGACGCCGCCGCCGCCGGCGAGCUGGGUGACGCCGGCGAGUCUGAGCUCGACGGUGAGCCGUCGUCGGCGGCGGUGACGCCGCGGGCUGGGCCGGGCUCUGCCGCCGGGGGGGACGACGAUGGCGAGGCGCCCGAGGUGCUCCCCGAGUCUGUCGACGUCCUCCUCUGCCGGGCGGAGCAGUUUAUGCAAGAGGCGGCAUACGAGGACGCGAGCGAGGCGCUGACGCGGCUCUUCCUCAUGGCAAACGAGCUCGACUCGGAGCGCGGCAUGCGGCUCCACGCACUCUGGGGUCAUCUCAAGCUCGUCCUGCAGGACUUUGAGGCCGCCGAGAGCGCGUACGAAAAGUCGCUGGCGCUGACGCAGGACGACGCGGCCGAGGCGACCGACUCGGAGGCUGCGGUCCGCGAGCUGCUCGCCGUCUACCUCCGGCUCGGUUCGCUGUACGUGACCAAGGCCAAGUUCUCGGAUGCCAAGUACGUGUAUCUCAAGGCGUGUCAGCUCUCGCCAUCGGCGUUUACCUGGCUCGGUGUCGGCGUCUCGUGCUACCGGCUCGGCGAGCUCGACCAGGCCGAAGACGCGCUCUCAGAGGCCAACAUCCUCAACAACUUUGAUGCCGAUGUCUGGGGCUACCUCACCCUUGUCUGUCUCAAGACCGAGCGCGUGACUGAGGGUGACCAGGCGUUCAUGCAGGCGCUCAAGCUCGACCUCGCCAACGGGGCCCUCCUUACCGAGAUUGGUGAGGCCUACUUUGAGGUUGGGCGCUAUGCCGACGCCGAACAGUGCUUGCGCCGGUCGAUCGAGCUCGAGGAGGCCCCACACGCCCACCGCAUCCUCGCCCAGGUCCUCAACGCCCAGGGUCAGAAGGAGGGCGCCGUCGCCGAGUACAUGAUGGUCCUCGCGUCUUCGUUUGACGAGGAGGACGUCAAGGCCUCGCGCGCAGGCCUUGUCGACAUUCUGAUGCGUCUCGGCAGGGUCGAGCAGGCCCAAUUCUACCUUGACGAGAUCGAGCGCGAGCACGCCGAGGCUGCCGCCGUCAAGGAGGCUGAAGUCGAGGCUGCCGCCCGCGAGAAGCGUCUUCUCCAGAGCGAGUUUGAGUAA